UGCUGGAUAUCAGACUUGCAUCAGCGGCGAUGCUGGUCGGAACGACACAGAACGGGCAACAGGGCCAGGGUGGUGCUUAGUAGCGGCAUGGUAAGGCGCUGAUUGAUACGAUGCGAUGGGUUUUGGCGGGCCCAGAGCGCGCCGUGGCCGUUGCUGUUGGAUUCUCGGCCGCGUUGGUAGGGUCGGCGCAAUCGCAAACUCGUCGCCACUGUGACGCUGCGGCGGGGCGCUUUUUCCACGCGGCGGGGCAGCAGCUGCCAAAGCAAAACAACGCAGCUUCCCGCAUCAUUCCCAACACACUGCCCUUCUUUACUCUUCCCCCCGUCUCCUCCAAGCAGUUUCUCCAAUCACCCCAAAACUAAGCCGCGAAAGCCACUCACCAUGUCUUCCUCCCUCGAUCAAUUGAAGGCCACCGGCACUGUGGUCGUCUGCGACUCGGGCGACUUCGCGACCAUCGACAAGUACAA